ACGAAAAAUGGCAGCCAAGUCUGAUUUUGCACAAAAGCUGUUGCAUGAUCUCCGGCUGCGGAAAGAACGAAUGGGCGUAGCUCAGGGUUCGGGUCAUACCAAUGCUACGGCUAGAGAUGCGUAUAGGAACCCUGGAAAUGUGCAGAGAGGAUCUAGACACACAAAAUCACUUGAAAUCAUCGGUGGGGCAAAAACGAUGAACCAAAACUCAAAUCGAGCUCUUAGCAUAAACGAAUCAUCGCAACAACUUGUUUCUUAUACUGGUGGACAACACCAAAGAGCGGAAUCCAUUGGAGAUUUAUCCAUGGCCUUCACGUACGCGGUUAAAAACGGGGAGAAAAUAAUGAACAUGGAUUUUUCAAAUUCGCGUAGCACCAACACAAUGAUAGAAUUUUUGCAACAAAUCGGUCGGAGAUCACUAGACGUUGAAAAUACAAGAAAUGGGACGAUGACAAGCUUAGUAAAGCAUCGUCCCUCGAGUGGUGGUGUGGUUGCUGCUACUCCAGCACUCACCACCAUUCAGAUCAAAGAAAUAUCAAAAGGAGUACAAAAUCUUUACGAAAUCAUUAGAUCGGGUUCUAGUGGUACAAAUAUGAAUAGGUAUUCGAUGGAAGUUGGGAAAGAGUUGUUGAAAGGGGCUAAGGGUUUGGAAGAAUCUUUAAGAAUGCUUGUGAGUUUGCAAGAAGCUUCAGAAAUGAUGGUUACUCCACAACGAAAGAGUCGUGUUACGUUGUUGGAAGUCGAUGAUGAAAAUGAUCAAAAUGAUCGUUCAAAAGUUGUGGAUCGAAACCAAGUUGCUUUGCCUAGAUUUUCUUUUGAUAAGCCGUCUAGAAAGACAAACAUGGCAUUACCUGAUGCUUCUAGUGAGGUAUCGGGUCAUCAGAGAUCGGCUAGUGCUGAAAGCGUUAGAAGUGUUUCUACAACACAGAACGCCUCGAAUCGUUCAGGAAAAGGGAGGAUAUCAAAUGUGAUCGCGAAACUAAUGGGACUUGAAGAGGUUUCUGUCAAGGUUGAGCGAGACUACUGUAAAAUAAUUGAAGAUUCAAGUAAGAGUGUAGUUAAUAAGACUAUGAGACAGGAAAAAGAAAGUAUAGUUCCAUUAGACGAUCGAAAGUCCCAAAACACCCAUGAGUUGGAUACAAACAAUAAGCGGUUUGAUCAACUGCCUAAGAAGCCGGAGAGACAAAUGAAAGGUGAGACAAAAGAGAAGUUGCAACACAAGCGUAGAGGGCCAGAAGAUGAAGAGAGUUUGCGAGUGGACAAGAAGAAAACGAUCCGAAAGGAGAAGAAGAACGAGAUCAGACUCGUUCCUAGAAGCAAUAAUCAAGCUCAAAAACCCGAAAAAAGGACCCAAAAGGGUAAACAAGAUUCACAAGUAGUCAAACAGGUUAAGAACAUGAGCCCGGUUUCAAAAGAGCUCCAAAUACGACCCAUUGAACAGAAUCCGCAAGCAAAAGAGCUUCAAACACGACUCUUUGAACAGAACCCGAAAGCAAAAGAUCCAGCUCCAAAAACUCAAGUAUUUGAUAAAACAGAACGUUACAAGCAACCGCCCGUUGUCAAAGAGAAGCCCGUUAUACGAAAGAAGGAAAAUGUAUUGCCUGUAAGAAACACCGACGCCCCUCGAUUGAAAGAUGAGGUAUUGAAAAGAAGAAAUCGAACGGGUAUGAAAACUUUAGCGGCACCAACAAAGCAUAAACUUUCGGUUUUAAAAGAAACGAAAAUAAAGGAUGUGACCAUCCAUUUGAAACCCGAAGAAACCAAGAGCAAAAUGUCGAACUUAAAUAAACCAAAAUCGACUAUCCAAGUGCCUGAUUUUGAUUACGAAAUCAAGAAUGGUCCUCAACUAUCAUCAUCAGAUAUCAUAGUUACUGGUGCAAGGAGAAAAAAUAUAGAGCCAGCAGUUCAUUUUUCGAAAAUUAAACUGAAGAAAGCGUUCUACUCUAAUACACGAGUAGUACUAACCGAGGAUGAGAAGCAACUCAAAGAGAUUCUAAUAGAGGAUCAACUGUUUUUAAGCACGGCCAAAGCCCUUUUUAGACUCGAUAUACCAGUCGGUUUUCUUCAUGUGGAUGAUCAUAACGACCAUCACAGGGACGAAACUAAGUUAAAACGAGAUUGUGGGUACGAAAUCUUGAAACGAAAAGCAAGAAGCCAAGAACUUUCGGUUCACCCAUACGUGAAACCUUCCGUUAGUGGCACGACUAUAAGGUUUUUAGAUGAACUUGUUAAACAACUAUAUAAAGAUUUGGAAAGCUUACGAGUUUAUGGUAGGAAUUAUGAUCACAACGAAUAUGAUGAAGCGGAUUACUUGUAUAUGCUCGAGAGAGAUAUAUAUAACACGAAUCCGGAUAUCAACAGUUUUUGGGAUUUUGGUUGGCAUAUUACUACGUUUUCAUUUGUCGAAAAAGAUGAGUUUGUGAACGAUGUGGAAGGAGAUGUGCUUCAUAUACUCGUUGAUGAGAUUGUCGAUGAUCUUAUGAGCAUGCAUGUCGUUAGCUUUUUAGUAAAAAGAAAAUGAUUGUUUAUCGAGUGAAACCGGGUUAUUUAUAUGUAUGAUAUGAUGAUGAAGUUUUUUCUUGUAAAAAAUGUAUGUUGAGUUUAUGAGUUUGUAAAGUUUUGUGGUGAGUUAAUCCAAAAUCAAAUUCAAUUUAUAUAAUGU